CAUUAUUAUUAGUUUCAGUGUCAAUGCUACUGUUGAAGAAGCAUAGUAAUAACAACACAAUCUGUAUAAGUUUUCUUUUGUCUUCAUUUUCAAAACUGUUUAACAUAGUGCAGUAUGAAUCCAAAUAAGAGUGAUGCAAAACUCUCUUUAAAAAGAAAAGGUGAAUGCGCACCAUUUGUACCAAGAAAAAUACCUAUAGCUUCUUCUCACGCAACUAAAAUAAAAAACGACGGUAUACAUAAGCCGAAGAUUGUGGAUUCCACUGGUGUUUCUGCAUCCAGUAAAUAUAGAAAACUCCACAAUUGUUUACCAGCCGAACUGACACCUAUAUCAAACAAAACCAAAAUAUUAAAUUCUAAGCGAAAAUCUAUUUCCUUGGUCGAACUACCCAGUAUCCAGAAGAUAUGCACUCUCAAAAAGCGAUACAGCAAGGAACAAGGCGAUGAAACAAAAAUGUCUAUAAUAGCUUCUAAAAGGUGUAACAUUACAUCAUUGAAUAGUGUGGAAGAGUUUGAACUUGCUAGAAAAGUGUGCAAAAUAUUCAUUUUGCAUUCUUGGAGGAAGCGGAGAUAUGAAGUAACGAAACUUCGAAUUGACGCACAGAAAAUAGAGAAUGAGGUGCAAAACCUUAAUGUUCAAAUUGUUGUUUUACGAAAUCUUUUGGAGUCAGAAAAGCUCAGAGUUGCAGUUGCUAUGAGUGAUUCAGGUCAUCUAAAACAACGUCUGGAAAACGAGUUGAAUACUACAGACCAGUUGAGAAUGGACCUGAAACGACUAGAAACUGAAAAAUAUGCGCAAGAAAAUAAACAGUCACAAAUGGAGGCCGAAAUCAAAUCACUGAAGAAUGAAUUGUUGUCAUUGAACUGCAUGAACAAAGAUUUCAAAGAAAAAAUAGAAACUUACGAUAGGGAUCUAAACGAAUCCAGAGAAAAAGAAGCGCGUCUUUUGAGCAAGCUUGAAACAGGGGAAAUUCAAUUGAAAGACGAGAUCAGUAACUCGAAAAUUAUGACUGAGAAAUAUAUAAUACUGCAGAAAAAGAUUGAGAGCCUUGUAGGUGUGAAUCGAAAACUGAGUAACGAAAUAAAGAGCAAAGAGAAAGCAAUGGAAAAAUUCGCCAUUGAGAUUAGAAAUCUUGAUGUAGAAUUAAACAAUGUAAAAAACUUGAACAAAGUUCAAAAUGAAGAUAAUAUUAGUUUAACAAAAGCAAUCAGCAUUGGAAAAGAUAAAAUUAAGGAACAAGAAAAACUCAUCUGUGGCCUUACAUCAGCGAUAAACCAAUACCAAUUAGAGAAAGAUGAGUUUGAACAAAGACUUGUAAAAAUGAGAGAUGGAGCAGUUUUUGAAGCUAUUAAAAUAUGUUCAAAUCUAUUUUUCCCAUUUUCAAUUUAACUGAGUAGCAUAAAACAAUUGAACUCACGUAUAUGAUACCAUUCCAAAUUGUACUUGAGGUUUACUUCAGUAGUUAUACACAGUAUUUACUUGUGUACAUUUAGUACUGUUUAAGGCUUGUAUAUAAUAAUUAUAGUAAAUAAAAGAUUAAAAAAUUG